AUGACUAAGCUAUCCCACCGGGAGUCUGAUGUCCGGGGAGGAGUUUGCCUUGGGACCCACAAAACUUUUGCGUGUGCGCGUUUCGACGCCACGCCUCUGCCUCCGUGCGUUUUCCUCCGCGCGUUGAUUUCAUACCAAACUCAUACUUUGCAUUCCGCCUUUUUCUGUCAAACGCAGCUGUUUUGCCCUGGAAAUACUCCCGAAUCACGAGGCUAUUUUUCUACAGAAAAAAAGGGCACACAACAAAAAAGCGUGUGCCUGUACGAGCGGGGCAGGAGAGCCGUUGUGAGGUGUGUUGUAGCUGGAGCCGUCAUCAUUGCGUCGGAGUGGAGUUGCCGUGGCAGCCCUGAUGGGGCGCAGGAGGAGGGUCCCAGUCCCAAUGGAGAGGGACUGGGAGACGGGGCGGACCGCGGAUUGGACGGGGAUCCUGAAGGGGUGUGGAGCCCAGACAUUGAGCAGAGCUUUCAGGAAGCUUUGGCCAUCUACCCUCCUUGUGGAAGGAGGAAGAUCAUACUGUCAGAUGAGGGGAAGAUGUAUGGUCGAAAUGAGCUGAUAGCUCGCUAUAUCAAGCUGCGAACGGGGAAGACACGCACACGCAAACAGGUGUCUAGUCAUAUUCAGGUUUUGGCACGUAAGAGGGUACGAGAAUACCAGGCAAGCAUCAAGGCCAUGAACUUGGACCAGGUCUCGAAGGACAAGGCACUGCAGACGGUGGCCAAUCUCUCAUCAGCUCAGAUAGUCUCUGCGAGUGUAAUGAAACCCCAGACUCCCUUUCCUCCACCAGUCAGAUUUUGGCCGGGCCCUAUGCCAGGACAGCCUGGGCAUUCUCAGGACAUCAAGCCCUUUGCACAGCCGCCAUACACUACACUCCCAGCCCCUGUCCCUGCACCUAUCAGUUAUGAGGCCUUGCCACCCCCUCGACCUGCAGCUAUAGCAGCUCCUGUAUGGCAAGACAGAACCAUUGCCUCUGCAAAACUACGGCUACUGGAGUACUCUGCUUUUAUGGAGACUCAAAGAGACAGAGAGACGCAUAAACAUCUGUUCGUGCACAUUGGCCCAUCAAACCCUGGCUACAGUGACCCAGUGUUGGAGUCCAUAGACGUGAGGCAGAUUUACGACAAGUUCUCUGAGAAGAAAGGAGGCCUGAAAGAGCUUUACGAAAAAGGGCCACACAAUGCAUUCUUUCUUGUCAAGUUCUGGGCGGACCUGAGCAGUGACAUCGAGGAAGGUUCUGGCGCAUUUUACGGCGUGAGCAGCCAGUACAGCGGAACAGAAAACAUCACUAUCAGUGUUUCAACAAAGGUCUGCUCCUUUGGUAAACAGGUGGUGGAAAAGGUUGAGACUGAAUAUGCACAUUUGGAAGGAGGAAAGUACAUGUUCCGCAUCCAUCGUUCACCCAUGUGUGAAUAUAUGAUCAACUUCAUCCACAAACUCAAACACCUGCCAGAGAAGUACAUGAUGAACAGUGUUCUGGAGAACUUCACCAUUCUACAGGUGGUGUCCAACAGAGAAACUCAGGAGACUCUGCUGUGCAUCGCCUUUGUGUUUGAAGUGUCCACAAGCGAACAUGGAGCGCAGUACCAUGUUUAUCGACUAGUUAAUGACUAGCGGCAUGUUGUGUACAUGCAGAGACUCUUCACGGACUUUUUGAUACUCACACCAUAAACACUAUUUCCAGCUGAACACUCAGAAUUGCUACUCCUCUAUUCUAAACACACUUGUUUCAAUAGACCAACCGUCACACUGUAGUCACGCCUGUUGUUUAUGGUUUCCCAUUGCUGGAAUAUGUAUGAUGCACAGAUCAUUUAACAGCAUCCCUCUGCUUAAACGUACCAAAAGAGUCGGCAAACGCAAAGGUCUUAUAUACAUUAGAUAUUCCUUUUUUUUCUAAUUGGAAAUUGAAAAAACCUUUUAAAGUGAAUCAAGUUUAAUAUGCAAUCCUUUGAUCAACAAUGCAAAACUGUGUGAUGCACUACAAGUGGAUAUAUGCAUUUGCAUUUCCAUCACAGGUGUGACUGAUGUGAGAUGAGUUUGAAUAUAAUCUAUGAAAAAAAAUAUUCAUUGUUCAUGUAACCUGCCACAAACACUAUUACUUUUACAGACUGCAGUAGCUCUGCGAGGUACAGUUUGAAUGAGUCUACAUUGGAAUAGCCUCUGUUACUUGUUUAGUAUGAAAUCGUGGACUUCAGUCAGCUCAAUCGAAGGUCCAAGGAUACUGCAUAAAGUAUAAGUGAGCCUCAUGUAAAGAAGAGCAUGUUGUAUUUAUAUUUGAUAUUGUGUCAAAGUGUAAAGAGGGAGAUCAUUUUAGGAGUAUUUGCUUUUUUUCCUCUUUUUAAAGGUUUCCAGUGGAGGACGUGUUUUCGAUUGCCUCACUUGUCGUUUUAAACAACAGAAGAAUUCAGACAGUUUCAGACUAAGUUCACGUUUUGCUCUUUGCAGCAUUUUUAACGACAGAAUCACCUUCAUUGUCCGUAGACGUGAAACUAUUUUUACUUUGACUGUGUGGGCUUGCUGCAGUACUUCUACCUCCAUGCGAGUUGGGAUAAGAAUGUGCUUUGAUUUCUAAAGCCUUAAGCUGAGGAGCACUGAUGUAUAGGAUACGUACACUACGCUUGUAAUGGUACUGUUUUUAAGCCAAACCUAAGGUAAAUAGUCCAUUUUUGUAAAGAUGAACUUUUUUUUCUUUCUUUUUAUAUUUCACCAGCAAAGCAAAAAAGUGUUACUCUAAAAAUGUUAAAGGAAGGGUGUUCGGGGUCUAUCUGUUUUCAUAUAUAUGCAAACAAUGGUAUGGUACAGACCUCAUUAAGGUCGCCAGCAGUGCACUGGGAUAGAUUUUGCCUGAUAACACUAACGACUAUCCAGCUGACACUUUUUUCCUUUUAUUCUAUGUAAUGUGUUGGAUUAUUGGUACAUUUGGCUUUUCUCUUUCUUCCUUUAGUAAACCUCACAUUUUUUACUUCGUAUUACACUGUCAUGGCCUCUCUGUGCAGGAUUAUCUUUGCCUGUGUCGAAGAGAAUUUGUCAUUUGACUUUCUAUCAUGACACUAAGAGCUAGCUGGCUCUAUUUUUUCUUUUUUUUUUAAAAAACAAAAACAAAAAACAUAAGAUCAUAUUUUAAUACUCACUGUGUGGUCAGCCAAAAGUGUUUUAUUUUAUAAUUGUGUGUACUGUUUGGCUGUGCCUCGUCACUCCUUUGGUCAUGCCUGCUCAGUGAAUUAAAACUGGCUAUACGCUGUACCUAUAAAGUUACGUGUUGGUGUCUUGAUCAUAACGUUUAGACAGUUGAGAGAGGAAAUGAGCCUUCGUGGGUCUGAA